GGACAACGGACGAAACCGAAUGGAAACAAGCUCAAUUGCGUUCACGAACCUACGAACAACAUAACAUGUUAUUAAAAGCAUUUUCACCAGAGCAGACGGAACGAUUCGAGGUGUACAGGCGUUCCGCUUUAAGCAAACCAAAUAUCAAGAAGCUCGUGAGUAGCAUUUUUGGUUAUUCUUGUUCAAACAAUAUUUCAAUCGUGGUAGCCGGUUUUUCAAAAAUCUUUAUUGGAGAGAUCAUCGAAAAAGCGCUGGACAUUAAAAACGAAUGGGGAUCUGAAGGGCCAUUAUCACCUGAUCAUAUACGAGAGGCAUUUCGAAGAUACAAAAAAGAAAACAAGUUUACUCUUCACAAUUGUCAAAGGAGAUUACUUCGUCAUUAA